AUGUUGCACAAUCCAACCGCGCGUGUAUGUGUGUGUGUCUCUCUGUCUUUCUCCCUGUCUCUCUCUCUCUCUCUCUCUCUCUCUCUCUCUCUGUCUCUGUCUCUGUCUCUGUCUCUCUCUCUCUGUCUCUCUCUCUCUCUCUUCAUCUCUCUCUCUGUCUCUCAUCAAUUUUUUGCUCAUACCGUAUCCAUGGCUGUGACACACUACUGUAUCGCCGCCCUUGUGGCGGUGGCUUGCCUUGCGGCUUCAGUCCAGGCCCAGGCCAACCUUGGCCUUUCCAUGCCGCUCAAGGCGUUCAAUGGCGCAUUGACGACUGCUGCCCAAACCGUGGCCAAUGACCUGAACAAUGUUGCUCUGCCCACUUGCUGCUAUGACGAUGUUGGCGCCAAGCACGUGCAUCUUGACAUGCAGGACAUGAAAAUUUCCGGCUCGACCGUCACCUUCUCCAUUGUCAAGUCGAGCAGCACCACUUACGCCUUGAACGGCGCCGUCUCCAUGACCGUCUCUGGCUCUUACCGCCUGUGCAUUCAUGAUGACCCCUUUGGCCACGGUUGCUCCACCAUCAAGGGCUGCAAGGGUGAUUGGCAGCUGCAGCCGGACUUUAGCUUCAGCAUGCCCAUCAACAUGGAGGCUGCCACCAGUGGUGCUCCUAAGAUCACCCCCGGCACUGUGACCAUCCCCACCUACACCCUCAACAACAACUUUUGCAGCCUGUUUAGCGAUGCCAUCUCCAAGGGGCUGGACGGCAUGAAGGCCAACCUUGCCCAGAGUCUGCAAAGUGCAGCCGUUAACGUCGCAGCCAAACUGCAAGCCGCCAUUCCCCAGACCGUCAACGCCGGCAAACUGGGUCAAAUGUCUCUCAAUUACCUUGUGCCUGCCUCUGGCGGCCUCACCAACCUGGACACCGCUGCGGUUGCCGGCUUUGCCGCCGCUGCCCCCCGUGCCCAAGCGGGUACCAUGCCCAACAUUGACGAUGGCUACUACCACAUUACCAUGGGUGACAGCCUGUUGACAUCGGCCUUUGAUACCAUCGUGGCCGAGGGUCUCUUUAACGUGACCAUCAAGGAGGACGGUCUUGUUCUUGGCCUCACUUUUGUGCGCAGCGUGCCGCCCCAAGUGAACAUCUCCAGCAAUGAAUUCACCGUCAUGUUGGGUCUGCACUAUGACCUCAGCGACAACGGCACCCAUUCGUCUGGCGACAUUAUCCUGCAAGCUGGCAUUGAUACCAAAUUCUCCGCCGGAGCCAACCAAACGAUUGUUCUCCAGCUCGCAUUGACCAACGCCACCAACGUCGGCAUGGGUCCCAACUGCCAGGGCGCUUGCGAGAUUGUGGUGCAAACCAUCCGCAAGUACCAGGCGCCCAUCAUCAACGGCAUCAACAAUUAUCUGCAGGAUAAGCCCGUGGUGUUCCCCGCACCCCCCAGUGACAUGUCUUCGGUGGUCGAGGAAGACCGUGUGAGCAAAUUGCCCAAGGGCUACGAGAAGCGCAAAGCUAACGCCGAAUGGGAGCUUGAAGAUCAAGCCAAGCGCGAGGCGGCCGAGGCCGAGGGGAAGGAUUAUGCUCGAGUCAAGGCCAUGCAGAUGAGCGUGGAUCAAGCAGAGCGCCAUGUGAAGAAGCGCACUCACAAAAACGUGGACGAAACCAUCGACCGCACAGCCUAUUCUUACACUGCGCUGAAGCAGUACGAAAACAUGACCAAGAAAAUCAAGCCCAACAUGGGCCAGUAUUCGGCGUCAAUGCAAGGCGACCAAGACCAUAGGCCAUCGGCCGCGGCCAUUGACGACAUGGUAGAGGAUCUGGAAAAGGCGUACGUGACUGCAUCCGUGGCGAACGAUGGCUUGAAGAUCAAGCGCAAGGAGAAGCUCAAGGAUCGCCGCCGCCGCGGUGAUGUGGUCUUCGAGGAGAGUGAUGUCAACUUUAUCAAUGACAAGAACAUGAAGUACAAUCGCAGUCUCGAAAAGUUCUACGGCUCUUACAGCCGUGAGAUCAAGGAUAAUCUUGAGCGUGGUACCGCCUUUAGUGUUAUUGUUGCCUUUGUGUGCGAGGAGACGGGAUUGCUGCGCGUUGUGCCAAACCUGAAGCUCGUGGCCAAUUUGCGCCAGUCAAAGCACCCGCCACGUCCCAAGUUUCAAAAGGGGACGCGAUUUGUCUCUGUGUUUUUGUUUUAUUUUCUCUCUCUCUCUCUCUCUCUCUCUCUCUCUCUCUCUCUCUCUCUCUCUCUCUCUCUCAGAAAACGCACCAGUGCCAUGAAGCUGGGCGGCUGCACGGUUUGGGCCGUGGCUUUGCUGGCCCUCUCCGUCAACGGAGAUGCUGGCCCACUGUUGGGCUUGAACAAGUGUGAUGCUUCAAAUCCCAAUCAGAUCUUUGCACGCGGCACGGCCGACGAAAUCAUCCUCAACAGUACUGGCGCCUGCGUUGAUGUACCCAGCUAUGCCACUGCCCAUACGCAUCUUACUGCCAUGUCCACUGGCCCAUUUCUGGCCCUGUGUUGGCACGACCAAUUUGGAUUUUUGCACAAACAGAACGAAGCAUGGCUUGUCAACAGCAACAAAACCAUCACAGAGCGCUCCACAGGCCUCUGCAUUGCCCCGGCUUUUGAUGCUGCCUCCGUUGGCCAGACGGUUAUGAUCAACACUUGCACUGGCAGCACCGCUCAAAAAUGGAUAUUCACCUCUGAGGGGCUCCUUCAAAAUGGUGCCGAUACCUCGCUCUGCAUCGAUGCAGCACCGCCCCGCCCUCGCCCGUGCGAUGAGCUGCCAGCCAAAAACUUUCCUUUCUGCAAUGCUUCCUUGGACUUGGACACGCGCAUUCGCGAUGUCAUUAGCCGCCUCUCCAUCCAGGACAAGGUGGCCCUUACAGCCAACACCGCAGGCGCCGCAGCCGACGCCGGUCUCCCCGCGUAUCAGUGGUGGUCAGAGGCGCUGCAUGGCGUUGGCUUCAGCCCCGGUGUGACCUUUAUGGGCAAAGUCCAAGCUGCCACCUCCUUCCCUCAGGUGAUUCAUACCAGUGCUUCUUUCAACAAGACGCUUUGGCACCAUAUUGGUAUGACCAUCUCGACCGAGGCGCGUGCCAUGAACAACGUCAAUCAGGCUGGCCUCACUUUCUGGGCCCCCAACAUUAACAUUAUUCGCGAUCCUCGGUGGGGUCGAGGCCAAGAAACUCCGGGUGAGGACCCGUAUGCCACUGGCCUCUACGCGGCCAACUUUGUCCCGGGCAUGCAAGAGGGUGAGGAUACACGAUACAUCAAAGCCUCUUCGUGCUGCAAGCACUUUUUCGAUUACAACCUGGAGGACUGGCACAACGUGGAUCGCCACCAUUUCAAUGCCAUUGCCACCGAUCAGGACAUUGCCGACACCUACUUGCCAGCCUUUGAGAGUUGUGUGCGGUUCGGUCGGGCAUCGAGCCUGAUGUGCUCCUACAACGCGGUCAAUGGCGUACCCUCAUGCGCCAAUGCUGAUAUCAUGACCACGCUGGCCCGUGAAGCAUGGGGAUUUGAUGGCUACAUCACCUCGGACUGCGGCGCCGUGGAAGAUGUGUAUUCAAAUCACAAAUACUACAACACGACCGGGGCGACGGUCAACGGCGUCCUGUCGGCCGGUAUGGAUGUGGACUGCGGCUCAUUCUUGUCCCAACAUCUGGCCGAUGCCAUUGACAGCGGAGAUGUGACCAAUGCCACUGUCGAUCAGGCGCUCUACAACCUGUUCCGAGUGCAGUUUCGAUUGGGCAUGUUUGACCCUGCUGAGGACCAACCCUAUUUGAACCUCACCACAGACGCCGUCAACACACCCGAGCACCAACAGCUGGCGCUCGAGGCAGCGCGCCAAGGCAUGACACUCCUGGAGAAUCGCGACAGCCGACUGCCCCUUGAUGCCAGCAGCAUCAAGCAACUGGCUCUCAUUGGCCCCAAUGCGAAUGCGACUGGUGUCAUGCAGGGCAACUACAACGGCAAGGCACCUUUCUUAAUCAGCCCACAACAGGGCGUGCAGCAAUACGUGAGCAACGUGGCGCUGGAAUUAGGCGCUGUGACCGCCGCAAAGGCCGCCGACACGGUGGUGAUGGUUAUUGGCUUGGAUCAGACGCAGGAGAGUGAAGGCCACGACCGCGAGAUUAUCGCCCUCCCCGGUAUGCAGGCAGAGCUGGUGGCCCAAGUGGCCAACGCAUCCAGCUCGCCAAUCGUGGUCGUGGUUAUGACGGGCGGGGCCGUGGACUUGACACCCGUCAAAGACCUGGACAACGUGGGCCAAGCCGGUGGCCAGGCUUUGGCAGAGACACUGUUUGGCGACAACAACCCCGGUGGCCGUCUCCCGUACACGCUGUACCCUGCGGAUCUCGUGAACCAAGUCUCCAUGUUCGACGACGGCAUGCGGCCCAACGCGACCAGUGGCAACCCAGGUCGCACUUAUCGCUUUUACACGGGGACGCCGGUCUAUGCCUAUGGCACUGGCCUUUCCUACACGUCGUUUAGCUAUGAGACCUCGACGCCAAGCCUGCGUGUAUCUGCAGAGCGCGUGCGUGCUUGGGUCGCAGCGCGUGGGCAGACCUCGUUCAUCAGGGAUGAGGUGGACGCGGAGGACUACAUUACUGUGACUGUACAGAAUAACGGCACGGUGGCUGGCGCUGAUGUUGUGCAGGUUUUCAUCAAAACGACCACGCCUGGAGCUGAUGGCAACCCCAUCAAAAGCCUGUGUGGAUUCGAACGCGUGUUUCUCAAGCCCGGCGAGACGACUUCCAUUCAGUUUCCUGUGACCCCACAUGACUUGAGCGUCGUGAACAGCCGUGGGGAGCGCGUAGCUGUUCCGGGCACCUGGACCGUCGAAGUACAUCACGAGGCGCGCCUCAGCAUUCCCAUUUCUGUGGAGUAAAUCAUUCGAUGAAGGCUUGGUUGCGUGCUUCAGCACCACCGAAAUCAAACGUCACUUUUGUUGUUUUCUAUUGAUAUCCUGUUGUGCCGUCUUGAACGUACACGAAUAUCCGGCGAGAGUUGUGCUGGUUGGGGCGAUCGCUCGCCCAUUAUGUACACGAUCAUCGAUCGCCGCUGAUUGGCUCCACCCGUCUUUUUGUCCGAGGCCGUGAUGCAUCUCAGCCCCGAUGUGCCACCCCAGAGCCCUGUGAUCGCCGCGAAUUGACACCCGUUGCCCUUG